GCAAUGUCGAUUCAUUAACAAUCUAGUAUCCAAGUACUACAAUUAUGGCUCGAUUAAAUCGUAUCGCGUUGCUCGUUGUUGUAACAAGCGUACUGAUGUGCAUUCUUGCAGAAGAGUUAGAGCUUUACCCUAGUGAACUUGAUGACAUCGAUGUUGUAAAAAUUCUCGAAAAUGACGCAGAGCGAAAAGGAGAACUCAAUUGCUAUUUGAAAAGAGAACCGUGCGCAGAAGAAUUUAAUAAAUACACAGAAAUAUUCAGAGAAGCUGUAAGAACUAAUUGCAAAAGAUGUACUGAAAAACAAAAAGAACAUUUGGAGACAAUUACUAAUUGGUACAAAAAGAAUCAACCCGAUAAUUGGGAAUUAAUACUUGAAAAUGUCAACUUAUGAAGAAAAAUAAUAAAUCUUCCGAAGCAUGCUCCAGAUUUUUCCAACUGAUUUUUUAAUGUAAUAACCCAUAAUAUGAUUUAUAAUUCGGUAAAUAAUAUUUAUAAAUGGUAGUAUAUAGGGAGAGGGAAAUAACAAAUGCACCUAAUGAUUUUAAAGAAAUAUUUUGUACAAAUUAAUAUAACUGAUAUGCAAUUUGUAUUACCCUAACAGAAAAAGAUAUUUAAAAAGGAAAAAUAUAUUGUACUGUAAUAAAUUGUAACUUGAAAAAAUAAUUUUUUCUUAAAUAAAUGUACUAUGAAGAAUA